AUGGAUGGCUUUAGACCUCAGCUAACACUCUUGACAGUGGGUGAGGGCGACUUCUCUGCAUCAUUGGCCAUUCUGCGAGCCUACCAUGGAAGUAGAUCUGAAGAGGGCAUCAUCAAACACCUUGUUGCUACCACCCUGCUGUCGUCCAAAGAGGAUGUGGUUGAAACGUAUCCUUCAUCGAAGGAAAUUCUAGAGGAACUGGAAUCCAACUUUGGACAUGUCGUCACAAUCUUGUAUGCAGUAGACGCUACAAAAUUGGACGAACAUCCCGAGUUAUCGACAAGAUCAACAAGAUUUGAUGUCAUUUUGUUUCAUCAUCCACACUUGGGCUACAAUAAUAAUAGCAGCACAUCCGACGACCAUUCCAUGCGACAUUCCUCCCUCUUGGCACACUAUUUUCACUCGGCACAAAAGCUCUUGCCCAAAAGGGGAUAUGUUCAUGUGUGUCUCUGUAGUGGCGCCAUUCGCUCGUGGAAAGUGGAAGAAAUAAUCCAGCGACAACAAUUGCAGAACGCUUUGGAUUCUCCCAUGGCGGCUUCGCGACCACUUUUGGAGCCGUUGCUGACAAGGCUGUGCACGUCCGAUCACAAAGACAACAUGGAACAACAGCAUCCGAAAGCCAACCAGAAAAAAGUCGGUGGUAGUCGACGAGGACACUGGUUGGGAAGAUACGGAUAUCGACAUCAGCCAACCUUUCCACAAGUGACAGAGUUCCAAACCAAUGUUUCCAGCAGCUAUCAUUUUUUUCUACGACCAGUGACUGGUAGUAAAGACGUUCUAUGUCUUGAAAGCAACGCCGAAGACAAGGAAGAUAACAAGGUGCAUGCUUGUGGUAUAUGUCUACAAGAGUUUUCUACGGAGCGAGCAUUCAGAGAGCACCAAGAGACCCCCGCACUGCCAUCUCUCUAA